AUGAAGAAAGGCCGAGUUCUGGUGGAGCCGGCGGCGGCAGUAGCGGAGACCCGUGGUUCCAAGGCCAAGACCAACUUUCCCCUCGCCGCCGCCGCUGCUGCAUCUCCCACCCCUACUCCUGCAUUCCGCUGCCCUCCCUCCGCCCGGUUUCCCUUCUACGACGACCACCAUGACCCCCCGCCGUCCUCUCUGCAACGACCGACGUCGAGCAGCCACAGCAGCACCGUGGAGUACUUCGGUAGGCCACGUCUUCCUGCGCCUGCGUUCGCGACGCUGAGCCGCCGAUGUGUGUCGCAGCUAGAGAAGAAGGCCAAACCACUUCCCCAGAGAAUUCCAGACAACGAUGAAAACUGCCACAGUGACUGCGGGUCAUCGGCCUCCGUCGUUGACGACGAGCGUGACAUUGCUUCCACAUACCGGCAUACACUUCCGUUUGAUCUUAACCUUCUCCCUUCCCCCGAUGACGACAUCCAAGCCACGAUUCUCUGCUUUUGA